CCCACGUUUGUGCGGUUGGCAUGGCAUUCGUCGGGAACGUACGACCAAAUUACCAGAACGGGAGGAUCAGGGGAAGGAACGAUCCGCUUCAAAGAAGAACUCGCGCAUGGUGGCAACGCUGGUCUCGCCGAUACAGCCGUCGUAUGGCUGGAACCUUUGUAUAAAAAGUACAAGAAGGACGGGUUAUCCUACGCAGACCUCUACACUCUUUCGGGAGUAGCUUCAAUCAAGCAAAUGAAUGGCCCCACUAUUCCAUGGGGCUCGGGACGGGUGGACGCCAUGAGUCCGAUUGUGGUCACUCCAGACGGACGAUUGCCGAACGCCGAUGUCGGACCCAAGGGGGCUGACAAGAGUGAUGCCGCCCAUUUGCGCGAUGUCUUUUAUCGUAUGGGUUUCAACGACCAAGAGAUUGUUUGCCUUUCUGGAGCGCACGCUUUGGGCCGCUGUCACACAACAGCAUCGGGGUAUGAUGGUCCUUGGACUCCAACUCCAACUACCUUCAACAAUGCGUAUUAUACUUUGCUUUCCAAUCUCAAUUGGGUGCCCAAGGAGUGGGACGGUCCUUACCAAUACGUGGAUGCUCCCACCGGUCGCCUCAUGAUGCUUCCGACAGACCUGGUAUUGCUGCAAGACAAAUCCUUCGCCAAGUAUGUAAAGGAGUAUGCGAGUAAUCCAAAGAAAUUUGAUUACGAUUUCACCGUGGCAUUUCAAAAGCUCGAAGAGCUGGGCACCAACAACUUGACUCCGUGUGAUUGGGCGUAG